AUGUCGAUGAUCUCAGGUGGCUGUUCAAGCGCAGGUCCCUCUGCUGGAGCACGGUCAUCCGGGAGGGUGGUCGCACGCGCGAUGGCGACACAAGCGCAGGCCCCCGGAGCCUCCGCGGCCGCGUCAGGCCGCACCGGUACAAAUCCCCGCGUGGUAGUGCUCGGAGGUGGUUUCGGAGGGCUGUACGCGGCAUUCCGAUUGGACCAACUAAUGUGGCCGCGGGGCAAGAAGCCGCAGGUCACCUUGGUCGAUCAGUCGGACCGCUUUGUGUUUAAACCCUUGCUGUACGAGCUCAUCAACGGUACGGCAACACCUGAAGAGGUUGCGCCGUCCCUGCCACAGCUGCUGGCGCCGUACCCCGUGCGUUUCGUGCAGGCGCAAGUUACUGGGGUGCACCCGGCGGAGGCGGGGGCGACGGAGGUGGUUCACGACGGGGCGGGUUACGUGGCCCUGUCCGACGGCACCUCCCUGCCGUACGACUACCUGCUGGUGGCCCUGGGCUCCCAGCCCGACAGCCGGGGGGUGCCGGGGGUCAGGGAGUGGGCCGUGCCGUUCAACACGUACGAGGAUGCCGUACGGGUGAAGGGCACCCUGGACCUCCUGUCCGACUCAGGCGCGGGCGGAUCUGUGGUGAUCGUGGGCGGCGGCUACGCGGGUGUCGAGCUGGCGGCGGUGGUGGGGGAGCGGCUGCGGGGCCGUAGGGGCGGCGGGGGCGCCGUCUCUGUGCAGCUUCUGACCCCCGGGUCGGACAUCCUGGAGGGGAGUCCGGAGGGGCAGCGAGCAGCCGCCAACAAGGCGCUGCAGGAUUUGGGGGUGCAGGUUGUGACCGGUGUGCGUGUGGAGGCCCUUGGACCCCCAGACGACAACGGGGCCUCCGUAACCGCCCUUCCCACCGCAUGCACGGUGAGCUACAGCCCCGCAACUGCCACUUCCGCUGCGGCUGCUGUUGCUACAGCCCCUGAGCAGCAGCAGCAGCGUCUGGCUGCAGAUGUGGUGAUUUGGACGGCCGGCAGUAGUCCGGCAACGAGGGAGGCGAGGCAGGGCUUCCCCUUUCCCACCAAUGCUCGGGGAGCGAUUGAGACGGAGCCUUCCCUGCGAAUUCGCGGCAGCGACACGAUGUUCGCCCUGGGAGAUGUGGCCGUGGCCGCGGCCGCAACUGACCCACCGUCAUCGGCCUCCGCCUCCCCCUCCGCACAAUCCACAACGGAGGUCCUGCCCGCCACAGCCCAGGUGGCCUUCCAACAGGCGGACUAUGCCGCUUGGAACAUUUGGGCCGCGAUCAACGGCCGGCCCCUGCUGCCAUUCAGGUACCAGCACCUGGGGAGCAUGAUGUCGCUGGGGCAGAUCAAUGCCGCCGUGGCGCUCCCGCUGGAGCUGCCAUCGCCGCUGGCGGAUGCCGUACGCUCCUCGCCGCUAGGGCCGCUGCUGGGCGCCGCCGGGGUGCGGCUAGGCGACGGUCGCGGCGGGGUUUCCGCCUCGGCUGCCGCCGCCAGCCCGGGUGGCGGUGUGACCUUGGAGGGCCCUCUGGCAGCGUUGCUGCGACGCGGCGCGUACCUGUACCGCCAACCCACUAAUGAGCAGCGCAUCAAUGUGGCUGCCAGUUGGCUGCGGAUGGGGUUGGAAGCGGCGGCGGCGCUGGCGGGGGGUAGGGGUUCCGGGAGUCUGUCCGAGAACAGGUGCGUCAGAUUGCCUGCCGUUGUGUUCGUCGUUUAGGUUGUGAUGCAUUCAGUGUAAGGAACUGUAUAGG